AAUGUGACCCUCACAGGACCACAGCAGAAUCUAGAACACACCCUUGAGAGCUGGCUUCAUGAAACUCUCUCUCCUAAAGGAAUGUCUGUCCUGAACUUCCGAUUCAAAGGUCAAAGACUGGAGGGGGGCGGAGACAACUCGAGCACGGGUUUUUCAUUUAUCUCAGCUCAGAGUUGUGACUUUCAGAUGCUUGUGAUGUCAUGUUUGAAUGUUGCUGAAACACAGAAACAGAUCCAUCAGCUGUUGGAGCAGCCGUACAACAACGGCACAGUGACCCUGGACGCUGCUCCAGAACACAUCCACAUCACACACAUACAGCCCGGUCAGUGCCCUCAGCACCUUCAGCAGACUCUUCAGGGUCUAUAUAUUUGGAGAAGAACUCCAGCUCAACACAGAGACACACAGCAGUGUGAAGGAGACAGGACACGCACAGCAAUACACCAGUGUUUGCUGUCUGCAGUGACUAACCGUGCAGUGUGGAACACUCCAGACCUGCGGGACUGUCCCACUGUAGUGAACACACUCUCUGACCUCGAGCACAUCACAGUCACUAAUGACACGGCGGUGGACGUGCUGAAGAUAAUCAAGGACAUAAUGAGUGAGAGCAAGGCCCUGGACAAGCAAGAGCUGUGGCUGGUGCUGAACACUCUAGAGGUUGUGCUGAAUGUCAGCAUCAUGACCUUUGACCUCGCACAGUUCAUCCUCAACAUCACAUCAGACAUCCUGAACUCACAGAGCGACCUUCACCCCUUCACUAAUUAUAUUCUGAACAUCACAGAGCUGGUAGGAAACAGAAUGUCUGAGCUGAAUAACGGUUCUGUCAGCGUGGUGUCUGCAGCGGUGGCUCUGUCUGUGGUCGAUGUCGACACGGAGGAUUUCAGCACUCUCACAUUUGGAGUCACAGCAAAGACCAACAAGCCACAUCCAAUGGUGUAUAUUAACCAGGACCCAGCUGAGGGCACUGUGGCCUUCAUCUCUCUCCCGCCAUCUCUCAAUGCCAGUUUUCCCCAAAACUACAAUCCCCAAGUCCAGUUCCAGUUCUACGGAGUCCCUGCACUUUUUCAGAAUGAUGAGAAAGGGAAGGUGUUGAACACGUAUGUUGUAGCCGCCAGUGUGGUUAACGCAGAGCAGCCCAUCAGAGAGCUGAAGGUUCCAGUCAUCAUCAUGCUGCAACACCUCAACACCAACACUCUCGGGAGAGACGUUCAGUGUGUGUACUGGAACUUCAACAGGAAUGGUGGUCUCGGUGGUUGGAGCCCUAGUGGAUGUUGGAAACACAACAUGACUCAUAAAUACACAACCUGUAUGUGUGAUCAUCUCACACACUUUGGUGUGCUGCUGGAUGUGUCCAGGACUCCCAUUGAUGAGAAAAAUGAGAAAAUUCUCACCCUCAUCACGUACACAGGGUGUGGAGUGUCAUCUUUCUUCCUUGGAUUGACCGUUUUGACCUACUCACUGCUGGAGAAAUUGCGGGGUGAUUACCCAUCUCAGAUCCUGCUGAACCUCUCCAUCGCUCUGCUUGGCCUCAACCUUGUUUUCCUCGUUAACUCCUGGUUCUCCUCCUUCGGGCUGCCCGCCCUCUGUGUCGCCGUGGCAGCCACCCAGCACUACUUCCUGUUGGCCUCAUUUACCUGGAUGUUCCUGGAGGCGGUGAACAUGUACUUCGCCCUUGUUAAAGUGUUCAAUGCCUAUGUGCCUUCCUACAUCCUCAAAUUCUGCUUCAUUGGCUGGGGUGUUCCUCUGCUGAUCUGCUGUUUGGUGUUGGUGGUGAAACCCGGCUCGUACGGACUCCUGCCGCUCCACAGCUCAGAAAUUUGCUGGGUGUCAGACAGCGUGGUGUUCUACGUGUGUGUAGUGGGCGUGGUGAGUGUGGUUUUGCUGGUGAACGGUUCCGUGUUCCUCAUGGUUCUGCUGCAGGUGAGGAGGGCGUGUGUGAGCGAGAACAGAGGUGUAGUGAAGGAGCUGCGAGGUGUCACCAGUCUCACGCUGCUGCUCGGACUCACCUGGAGCACCGCCUUCCUCACCUGGGGUGACGCCAGGGUCCCGCUGCUCUACAUCUUUUCCAUCCUCAACAGCCUGCAAGGUUUCUUUAUUUUUGUGUUUCAAUGUCUGAUGAAGGAAAAUGUGCAGAAGCAGUGGAGAGUUCACCUGUGUUUUGGAUGCUUCAAACUGCAGGAGUACUCAGAAUGGAGUCAUACUCCUCCUAUCAUCAACAAACCCAAACACACGCCGAUGUUGACCUUCCCUACUGUGGCUUUGGUCCAAUCCAACAAAUCCAACUCAACUCAGAGCUCCUCGGCUUCCUCACACUGCACUGAACCCCACCUCCCCAUGAAGAGACCUGACCUGGGUAUGGUGUAUCAGCAGCAGAGCUUCAUCCUGCCUCGAGCGCAGCGAGUACACAGUCCAGUCCCUGAGGGUGCAGGGUGCACCACACACUCCCUCAGCUGGAUCCCUAAAGAGGUUCCUGACAACAACGGUUACUUCAGCUAACUUCAGCUCACACUCAGCUUUAUGUUCCUGCUGUUUUGUGUUUUGUGAUUAAAGCAGCACUUAGUGUGUAGAGUCCUGAGAUUUAUUUUCUU